AUGCCACUCCUGAGUCUAUCAUUGCGCUCUGACAAUUCAGGUUUACUGUUUGUACCUGACACAAACAUGGCUCUUGGUCGAAGGAAUUUCUCCUUAAUGGGUCUUGCUGUCUGGAAUGGUGUGCCUUGGGACCUUCGUGAUCCCGCGUGCACCUCUGAGAUCUUUUUAAAAGUCGCUUACAAACACUCCAAUAAUAAUAAAAUUAAUAAAAAUAAUAAUAAUAAUGAUACCAAUGUAAGUAGUUUGAUAGGCAGAGAUUUCUACAAAAACGAGACAUUUAUACUGUACCCUUCUCCAAUGGAUAAUUUGUAUGAAAAUUUCAGUUACUACUCCACGAAAUUUGAAUGCGAGUUGGAAAAUUGGCAGCCCAAAAAAAACUUUUCGACGAAAAAAAUCCCGGCUACGUUCAAGCUGACGGGCAGCCAUGUUAACAACAACUGCCGACGACUAAAGCAGUUGCGCAUCUAUCUACUUGUAGUUGAGAAAUCGUUAGGUUUCAGUCCUUUACAACGCCCUGGUUACUCUAACGACCUGGUCUGCAAUGAAGUCAUUGUGACAUGCCAAGUGACUUUCCUGCGAGAGUUAAAAUUACACGGUGCCUGGGUAGCCAGUCUCACGAUAUUCCACGCCUCACUUGAAACGCCGUUUAUGUCAUCUUGUUCUGGUUUAAAAAAGAAGGCUGUCUGUGGAUCUUCUAUAGUUGUUGGAAUGCUUAAAGGCUAUGAUCCUCUUUAUUGUUGCUUUUCCGUAAAAAGCACAAAACUAUUGUUAAACUACACCAUGUCUUUGAAUCUGCCCUUUAGAAUUGAAAAACAAGCAAACAUUUCGAUAAUGCAAGUGCAAAGAUGCGUGAACGACAAAACAACCUUCAAAUGUGUAUUGGAUGACUACCCAAUCAAAAGCAUCAAGUUUGGCUGCACGAUCGUCAACAAAACUACAGUCAUCAGUGGAGGGGCUGACACAUUUUACAAAGCUAAAAAUGACGAAAUUUCAUUUAAAAUAGCCGGAGAGUACAGGUGUUCGUGUCAGAUUGUUGUCGUCAGCUGUCUGCCAAAUUCUCUUGACAAUAAAACAUGGGAAGGAGUCAUCGAGGUGGCUAACUGUGGAGAGAAGGUGGAAUUUGAGACACCGAAAAGACAAACGAAAUACCUAGGCCCAGUUUUGGGAUUUUCGCUGGCGAACAUCUGUCUGAUCAGCUGCGUUGUCGGCAUGGUUUUGUAUAAAAAGAUGAAAAACCGGAAAAGGCGAGAGCACCAUAAAGAGGCAACGAAUGUCGAACCUCAAGUUAAAACUAAUAAUAAAUCCUUGAUAGGAGUUGUUUUAGUUGUCUUUAGAAGAGGCCCAGCUGUGAGGGGUGGCAUCUUUUUCGACUACGCAUAUUGCUGCGCCUCUGUAUUUUGUGUCGUGACCAACUUAACCAUCAGUAUGAAUCACUACCUCAUACUUACAUUUUCCAUGCAUGGCGCCUGGUUCAUUUUUUCGCCUCCAUGA